AUCGACCUCGACCUCGCUCUUCUCUACUCCUUCAUGCUCGCCAUGAGUCGGUCCCCGCCCCAUAACAGACGUCUCUAUGCAGCCUCUUCUUGAGCAAUUGGCUCUAAAUCACGUUCUGCCCUUUAUCUGACCUGUUUUGCUCCUUGCGUGCCACCGCUGGCACAAUGCUGCGAGUGACACUACCCCACACUCUCGAAGUCAAAGUCUCAACAUCACGCUGAGUCCACUGGGCUGCCAGAUUCGUGCUCCUCAAGCCGGGGCAGCAACACAUGAGGGGAGAGGUCGCUCGUAGGAACCACAGCAUGAAACUGAGGCCCAGGUGCGCACAUAUAGUCACUUUUUCUCAAGCCGCUAGCUGACAGUUCAUAGAAAUACUUCGCGGUGCGACGCCGAACGUCACGAUGGCCCGUCCGUUUACCACAUGUCAUGCGCCGUCGCCAAGCUGGAGUCCUUCCGAACGAUGAUGGCUGUCGGCGAUGCGGCUGAAUACUCUCAAUGCAGACGUAGCAAGAAGGGUGCUUAUAUCAUCCACGAGAACACAUUGCGGGAGGACGGUCUCCGCCGAGUCUCAAGCUUCGAGUCAUCCCGAAAGGCCCACGAGCGGCAUCAGACGGCGUACAAGAAGAAGCUCGAGGACGACAAUAUCUCGCCCAAUGCUGAGUGCAGUCUUCUCGCGCUGAAGGACCAUGACAAGAAGAAGCGCAUGGGUAACUGAUCUCUGAUACAUUUUUGCGGAGCGACUCGGAAGCACGU